GCCAUUUCGUAUCACCUAUGUCGCUAAUGUAUGGUUAUAAUACCGUAUGUAAUAAUACGGAUUAAGAUGGCUAGAUUUUGAUUCGAAGACUGCAUCAAGUAAGAUAAGCAUUUUCUCGUGCAUUCGUAAAACCAAUGUUUUGUAAAAUAAUAAACCUAGGAGGUAAUUUAGCACAGUAUCGUUUAAUGAAUAUCGUUAGAAAAUGUAUAAGUGAGACAUAUUGGAAUGCAACGAACUUAGUCGAUCACAUACGUCUCAUCAAACGAUUUCGUGGUUUUUUUCAAUCUAUACGAGACAGAGGAAAAUCAACAUUUUGAUUAAUAUUAAAUUUAAAUAAUUUUUAUAGGUAAGUGAGUUAUAAUCAUGGUUGAAAAUACUAAUCAUUGUGUCCUGAAAUGGUCAGGUCAUCCAGGAUAUGUAACCGAAAGAUUCAGUGAGUUAUUGGCAAGUCAAGCACUCGUAGACAUUACUCUUAUGUGUGAAGAUCAAAAGCUUCGUGUGCAUAAACUGGUUUUAGCUUCCAAUAGCACAUACUUUGAGAAAAUACUGCAACAAGACCUGGGACAAGAACCUAUAAUCUUACUCAGAGAUUUAAGUUUUAAAGUAUUGAAGGCGAUGGUUGAAUUUAUGUAUUGCGGAGGAACGACUAUAUCUCAUGAAAAUUUGCCAUCUUUGUUAACUGCUUCAAGAAUUUUCAAAGUAAAGGAGUUAACAUGUAUAAUAGACACGGUAAUGAAAACAAAAAAUUAUAACAACACUAAUGAAAGCGUAACUCUAUUGCAUAAAAGUGAUAAUGAAUUAUACGUAAAAAAUAAUAAUAACCUUGAAAAAUAUUGUUGCGUUAACGCAAAAAAUGAUCUAACUAGUACAAAACAUAAUUUUGAUAAUACUUUUAAGCACACGUUAUACGAAGAUUCGUAUGAUAACGAAAGUACCAACGUACAACAGAAUAACUCUACGAAUACUUUAUUAACGGAAGAUUUUAAAGAAGAAACACAAGAUAAGUUGUGCGCUAUAUUAAUAAGGAACAAAGAAGGGAUAGAGAAUUGUAUGAAGAUGAGUAAUAAGAAAAAAAAAGACGAAAUUUUAGAUAUAUGUAAAAAUGAAGUAGAAUCUUCGUUAAGGGAGAAUUUAUUAAUGAAAGAUCAUAAAGAAAAUAUUCAAGACGAAUCAUAUAAUAAAUCAAUAUACGAGAAGGAAAGAUUAAAUAAUUACAUAAAAAUGAAUAAUGUUAAGAUAAAUGAUGAAACUUUAGAUAAAAGUAAAGAAAUUAAACCUUUAUUAUAUGAACAGUGCUGUGAUGUUUUAGAUUUAACAGUAUCUAAGAAAUAUUCAACAACCUUGCCGCAGUGUGUCCAAGAUAUUAAAUUAGAUGCCACACAAAAUGUGAUCGACAAUACGCCUGAUAAAAUAGGUAAAUGUAUCAAAGUUUAUACGCAUAAAAAGCGUAAACCAGUGAUCAAUACAAAGAAUGAAUUAACGCAUCUAAACAAUUUGAUAUCAAAAUUAUCUUCUACUAAUUCUAUUGAUUUAUCGGAUAUGCAAUCUAGUAAUAGUAUACCGGUUACACUAUUAACACCCUUGGAUAUGGAUUGCGCCGAAUAUCAUUUUGGUUUGGAUAAUGAAUAUAUGCAAUCUGUGGCAGAAGGUAUGAUAAACGAGCAACGAUCGUUAAUGAAAUGUAAGGAUUUUAAUGAAAAUACUAAUAUCUUUAGUAUACAUAAAAAUAAUGUUAAUAAGAAAGAUUUUAAUUUUCAAGUCAUAAACGACAAAGUACAAAAAAUAGAAAAACCGGUUCUUAGAAGAAGCGUCAGAUUGAACCAACAAGAAAGUGAAGAUUUAACCAACAAUGCUAUAUCUUUAAAAAAAUCUAUAGUAACUAAGAAACUUUUAGAUAAAACUAAUAUUCCCAGCAAAAUGGAAUCUUUCUCUACAAGAAAACGUAAGAGAAAAAAAAAUAGUCGAAAAGCAAUGGAUCAAAACGUCAAUAAUAUUACACGAUAUAAUAAAAAAUGUUUUAACAAGCUGCACUCUACCAAAAAUUCUUCCAAAACUCAAAUCAAGAAGACCAUCAAUAAAUCCGACCAAAAAUCUAAAGCGAGUAACAAAGUUAAGUGCGAAAUGACGACGAACAAUAACGACAUAGAUAAGAUGAACAUAUCUAUGGAAUUGCCGUCUCAUUUCCAACAAAACAAUGUAGGACGAAUCAAUCGAGCUUUAUGGGGCGACAUGUCGGAUAUCAUAGAACAUAGCAGUGAUAUCAUGGAUUUAGCCGAUUACAGACCAAACGGUGAAAUCCCGUUUGCGGUUGGUUUGUUACCUUUGCGUACAGCGCUAGAAAGGAUGCAGGCAACACCGGAUUACCAACCACGUAAAACUCGCUCCUUUUUUGCACCAGUGAAACAAGAAAUAAAUAAUCCUCAUCAUCAUUAUCAUUAUCAUCAUCACAAGCGAAAAAAUUCCUCUUUGGAAUCUAAUGUCUUAGGUAAGAAGCAAAAUUUAAAAGGUAUUGUUCAGGAUAACAAAACCAAGACUGUUUGUCAUAUACAAAUAAGGGCAGCGCCUCCACAGUAUAUUAAACGUAAAAAAUUGUUUGCUGAACAUGUUACUAGUUUGGGAUCAGCGGCUACCUUUGUAAAUAGACAAUGACAAACAUUAAUCCAAAUUUUUAGUCAAAUUAAAAAUUUCGAACGCGUUUAAUCCUCUUUUCUUUUUUUAUGUAAUGCAUACAGUGCAUUAUGAGACGAUGUACAAAAUCAAAGAUUUUACAUAUGUAAUUAAUUGAACGAAUGUCUUUUUAUUUUUAAAUUUCUUUUUUCUUCUUCUUUUAAUUUUCUUUUUUUUUUUUUAUUUUAUUUCACUUCGUAAUUUUAUCGGAAUUAUCCAUCAGUACUUAUGUAAAGAAUUUAUUUAAAAAAUACAUACAUUGAAGAGCUUACAAUUAAAUACUGUAGUAAUGUAAAUAAUGAAUAUAUAUAAUUUUUGUAA